AUGGCCAACACAAGCCACGAAAUCUCUAAAUAUACCUUGUCUGAAGGAGUUCCAUGGUUGGUUGUAUACAUCUGUGAAGCAGUCUUGAUACUCACUGGAAACUCUAUCACCGUUGACAUCUUCUGGAACAUUCGAAAACGACUGAAGCGCACCAGCUACCUGCUAAUUAAUCUUGCAGUUGCUGACGCUUCAGUGGGAAUUGCAAUCACGCUUUUCCUCUGGGAAGCCAUUGCAGAAAUGUUGGAACGAGAUGUUAGUCCUGGAAUGGUUACAAUGGCAACGAUGGUAGAUCUCAUCGGAACAAUAUCUUCGGUGCUAUCAAUGGCCUUGAUUUCUCUGGAGCGAAUGCUCGCAAUUUUAUGGCCUUUUCGCCAUCGACUUUUAAAUGCUUGGUACUAUCACGUUUCCAUUGGGUUCAUUUGGCUUGUUUCAGCUUUAAAUAUGUUUUCAAACUUACAUCUUGAUCCAGAUACUACGAAAGCAGACAAUGCUUAUAGUAUUUUGACGGUGACUACAUAUAUCUGCUCAGUUGUAAUCAUAGUUGUUGCAUAUGCUGCCAUUUGGAUUACAACGAGACGGGACCAAACACCGAGCAACGCACACAGUCACAGGCAGAUAAAACAAAGCAGAAAGCUCACAAAGACUCUUUGUUUGGUGACAGCCUUGUCAGUCAUUACUUGUUUGCCGUAUGGUAUUAGCAUUGCAUUUAAAAACUUCCUUCAGCAUGUGUAUUCAUUUAGGGCUCAAAUCACCAUAGCACUACAAUACGCGAGUUCGUUUCUGAAUCCUGUUGUUUACUGUUUCAAAAUGCCCGAGUUUAAGGCAUCACUGAGAAAACUUCUCUGCCGUUGCCGUUCACUAGAACGCCGCUCGUUUAAUGCUGAAGAAUCAUCACAGACAACCAGUGGAGUUACUUUGCGAUCCUUAAGGGUUGUCAAUACUGUUUAA